AUGGGAAUCUGCAGGAACAGGGAUUUUGUGAUGGUCAUAGAGAAGAACGAGCUGCUUGUGGUGGACAUUCUGACGCUCUCUGUGUUCCAUCGGAGGGAGUGUGGUGCUGGAUCUGUUGUAGCGUGCUGUGACGAAUAUGCCUUUAUUGGAGAUGGAUGUGUGCUUGUGGCACUGUGCCUGCUUGGUCUGAGGGAAGAAGAGGUGUGCAGGAUGAAGGUGCCCAUAACGGCUGUUUUCCAUUUGGAUGGAUUUGUGUACUGCGGAUGCGAGGACGGAACUAUCCAUGUCUACGGGAUGACGGGCGGAAAUGGAUGUGGUUCCGAUGUUCCGGGCUCGUUAGAGGCGGAUCUGUCCAACGAGAUGUUCUUGGAUGCGGCCGAUGGGGCUGGAUUCAGGCUCAUGAGGAGCAUGAGGCAUCCCGGACCUGUGACCCAAAUCUGCAGUGACGGGGCAGAACUGUUUGUAGCAGACAUGAGAAACAAGAUAACGAUCUAUCCCUCUAAGAAAACCUACGACAUCAAAGGACCCAAGCUCAGGUACAAGAACUACAUAUUUGCAAGUGAGAGGAAUAUGCUGUACUGCAGAACGCGGAGUGCGUUUGCCACCUGCCUAACCGUUGAGAAGCCGAUAAGCGACUACGUCUUCAGCAUGAACGGAGGAACUCUGUUUGCCCAAUGCAGAGACACUGUGUAUGUUAUUGAGUUCAACACUAAGAAGACGUUGAAGGAAAUGGAUGUGCCAGGAAGAUUUGUGUAUGACGAUGAGAGAAACAGACUGGUGUGGUUUGAUGGAAGAAGGUUCCAUUCUAUCGACGACAUUGUUGAGAACGUAUGCAGGGGAAUGGAAGACAUUGUGUUUAGAGAAGAUGGACUUGUCGAGAAGAAGAUAAGGGUUGGCGAGGAGACAGACGAGAAUGUUGUGGAGAGACACGACAACUACGGGACCCCAAGGAAGUCCCAGAAAAGGAAGUAUUUCGGGGUCUAUCGAGAAAACAGGGAUGAAGGACUUGAUGGACGGAGGGACGAUGAGGAGAAGAGAAGGAUGAUUGAGUCUGAUGAGCAUUCAGAGGAGCCAGGGAUCGGGUGCACUGCAGGGACGAGCAGGGCGGUGCUGGAGAUGGAGGCAGGAAGUCUUUUGUGCUAUAACUCCGAGGGAUACAUGACCUGCAUUAGGAGCGAGGGAUGUGACAGAAUAGAGGUCAACUAUCAUGACGUUUCCCGAAGAAAGAUUGAGGUGCCUGGUAUCAGCGGAUGCACCAUGGGGGAUUUCUGCAAGGAGAAUGUUGUGGUUGGAGAUGGAAGAAAGAUAUUCUAUAUCGGACUGUCUUCUCGAUGGGAAAGAGAAGUCGAAGCACGAGCUAUUGCUGUUUCCGAAAAGAUGGUGGUUGUUCUAUCUGAGGAGCUUCAUAUCUUUGGGCUUGAUGGAUCCGAGAUAUUCAGCUGUUUGAUCCCAGACGUUCAUGCAGUAUGCUCCCGAUCUGACACCAUUGCAGUGUUUUCAAGGGAGCUGAUUCUGAUUAAUCUGUUCAGGUCAACGGAAAGGUUUUUGCUUCCAUCACCAGUGGACUUUGCUUGCUUUGACGAGAGCGGAAGGAUUUUCUAUAGAAUCAGAGGAAAGAUGUAUUAUCUGUACAAAGGACUGUCUGUGAGGGCCUGCGAAGUUCCAACGCAGCCACUGACUGUGUUCAAGGGCAAUGUCAUUUCUCUAGGAUCUUCACGUAGACUAUUUCCAUCUCCGCAUGUCGAGUACACCAGGUUCGAUGUAUUCGACCCACUUCGACCCAAGGAUGAUGUGGUUAGAGAAGAGGGCAGUUCUGAGAAGGUGAUCGAUGUCAACAAGCCUGUUGAGGUAAGCAAGAACAAAAGAUACAAUCCUCUUAGUAAAUAA